AUGGAGGUCGAGCAGCGAAAUGCUGAGGAGGGGUUCGCGUUCCGGAGCUCGCGCUUCUUUCCGGAUGUGUUGCGGAUCCGGAAUCGGCUGGCCCGGGAGUGUCUCACCGAGUUUUUGUGCUCCUUUCUGUUCUUGCUAAUCGGCAUCGGCACAACCGUCCAGAUCAAAGCUGUCAAAGGGGUUGAGGGCAAUUUCUUGACCCUAAAUCUCUGUUGGGGCAUGGCCGUGUUCUUCUCGACAAUGUUAGGCAUUGGAGUGUCAGGUGGCCAAACGAACCCGUCCGUUUCCCUUGUACUUUGGUCUCUUGGGCGGUUGACGGCCCGGCAAGUGAUCGUCUACAUCCCGAUACAGGUAUUCGGGGCAUUUGUCGGUACUGCGACUGCUUAUCUUGAUUAUUUGGAAACCCUUAACCACUAUGAUGGUGGUACCAGAACGACUGAGGGCCCAAAUGCGACCCUGUGUUUUUUCGUGUCCUGCCAGGCCGUGUAUGCCUCGAAGUUGGCCUGUCUUUUCGACCAGAUCGUAGGCACAGCCAUCCUCUGCUGCACCAUGUCCUCAAUGCUCGACCCGAGGAAUGGGAUUCCAAAGUGCUUACAUCCGAUUUUUGGAGGAUUAACGGUGCUAACGAUUGGGUUAUCGUUUGCCCAAAACGACGCAUACCCAAUCCACGCAGCGAGGGACCUAGGGGCCCGGUUAUUUUUGUUUAUCGUUUACGGGAAGGAUGUGUGGACCAACGGCAAUUACUACUGGUGGGUGCCGGUGGUCGGUCCGUUGAUAGGUGGAUAUGUGGGGGCAUGGAUCUACGUCGCUUUCGUCGAUUUACAUGCGUGGUCGAAUGGGGAGGAGAAAGAUAGGCAGAGCUUCUUGCAGAGUCAACGGACGCCGACGGCCUGGAGUUCGCAGACGACCAUACAAAAAGUCGGGCCGCUAAUCCAAAAUUCGUCGGAAUCGGCAUGGAAUUCGCAUACAACCCUGCAAAGUCGUGUC